GAGUGCAAUCUAUAUAUUCACUUGUUGGAUGAAUUUUUUGACAUUUAUUUUAGUCCAUCCAACAACACCCAAAUUCAAUCACGAUUCGCUGAAUGUCGUAUUCACAAUUUUUGACGUCUUAAUUUUGAUGUAUAUCAUUAUCCUAUGUAUUAAUCCAAUGUAUUAAAUGUUGAAAUUGGGAUUUUUUCUCCAUCUGAUCACUUGCAAUGGAUUUUUACCAACUUUUUUCUUGAACGGACUUGUUGUUGUUGUUGAAAAUUUAAUUAAAACACCAUUGUUUGCCACUAUUAUAAAAUUGACAAAUUUUUUCGUUAGAAAACUUUAAAUUUGUCCUAGGGUUUUGUGGUUAGAAGAAAAUUAUGAGCAGCAUUCAAUCGAAUACCGAUGAUUUUGAAAGUGAUAAAAUUCAAUUACGCAUUUGUAUAAAUGAAAAAACCGAAAAUGAUGCCGUCCAGGUAGCUAUUGAUCUACAAAAACGAUUACAAAAUGAUUUAGAAAAAAUUCUGUCAAAAGAAACGGAUGGUAAAGAGAAUGUAAAAGUGAACAUCAGAAGCAAACUAUCAUCACCGUCGUCAGCUUUAUCUAGGAAAAGAUCGUCCAAGUCAUCGUUGAAAACAAGGUCGAGAAAAUUAUCUUCAUUGACGGAAAAUUUAAGAAAAUCAUUGCAAAUAUCUGGGAAAAUAAAAAGUCCACUAUAUGAACCGUGUUCUAGCAAAAUAACAGCUGCUACUACUCCGGCAAUCACUAAUAAAGUGAACAAUAAUUCUGGAAAAGCUUUUUCCGGUGUACUAGUAGUUCCAUUGAAUGCAAUGGACAAUCAACAACGUGAACAGUAUAAAUUCGAAGUAAAAAAUCAUCAAAGUCCAAUCAUUUCAUCGAAUGAUCAAAAAAGGUCCGAAAAUCCACUCGUCAUUAUGGAUGAAGAACAACAACCAAAUUUUUUCCACUUUCAAUCAUACGGAUCCUCCCGGUUACCGGUGCGACGAAAUGUGUUUGAUAUAUUCGGUAUCUAUCCAAAACGAUCGACACAAAAUAUUCGACAAAGACCACGACGACGUUCAAAUAGUUGGUUUAAUCACACACGAUCGAGAAGAUUACCACGAUUUAAGCAACGAAAUCGGUUCCCAUUACGACGAAAAUUUCGAUCACCAUCGUCGAGAGGACGACGAAACACACCAAUCAAAAUGCAAUCAGAUCAAAGAUCGGAAUCAAGCACGUCAUUUUGUUCAUUAAAUACUUGUGAUAUGGCUGAAGAAGAAUUACGACAACCAUGGAUUCAACAACAAUCACCAACAUAUCAUCAACCGAAAUCAAAUUACCAAAAUGUAGAUACCACAACUAUCACGGCAAACUUGGCCGCGCACCACUAGCUCAUAUGAAAUUAAAAAUAUUUGCUCAAAUUCUAUAAAGUUUUUUUCUUUGCUAAAAAUUUUACUUGUAAAAAAGUUAUCGCAUUCAACACACCGAAUGAAAAUUGGUGGUUAUUACUUUGAAAAAUGAUCAACAAAAUUAUAAUCUGUGCUCAUGUAUAAUAUGUUCAUAUUCAUGAUGAUGCACAAAUAUCAUGUGUAAUUCUAGAUGCACAAAUUAAAAAAAAAAUAUCAACAGAUGACAGUGAGAAAAAACGGUAAUCAUCAAGCAGACA